GCUAGAAGUGGCCCGAGACUUGUUCGAGGAGCAGACGUGCCUUGAUAGUAUCGUGCUGAAGAUCAUGAUGAAGGCUUUGACUCUAAUGAAGUGCGAGAGAUGCUCCGUUCUCUUCCUGAAGAAUGAGGGAGACCAGGAGCUGUCGUUCACAAAAUCUUUCAACCUCACAUCUUCAUUUUCUCACACGAGUUCAGAAAGUGGCUCCGCCCCUCUGGUUUCGAACGGAAUCAUGGACUACGUGGCGUCCAGAGGGGAGGCGGUCAACAUCCCGGACGCCUAUCAGGACCCUCGUUUUGACUCAGAGUCCGAUAAAGUGCUUGGAAUUCGGUCGAAGAGCAUCAUGUGUGUUCCCAUCUGGGACAACCAUCACGAAAUCAUCGCGGUUGCGCAGCUUCUGAACAAGCUAGACGGUCACCCAUUCGAUGAAGCGGACGAACAAUUGUUCAAGGCAUUUGCCAUUUUCUGUGGGCUUGGCAUCAACAAUACUCUGAUGUACAGUGAGAUCACGAAAGCCAUGGCCAAGCAGUCCGUAGCCCUGGAGGUUGUGUCGUACCAUGCUGUGGUUUCGGAGGAAGAUGUCGAGAGCCUAAAAGCGUCCCCUAUUCCGGCUGUGGAGGACUUAGAUCUCAAGGCCUUUACGUUUAAUGAUUUCUUAUUAAACAGAGAUGAGAUGUUGACAGCUUCCAUCAGUAUGUUUGAGUCUAUGGGCCUCGUCAGCAAGUUCCAAAUAGACUAUGAGACGCUAUGCAGGUUGAUGCUGACUGUGAGGAAGAACUACAGAAACGUGGCCUACCACAACUGGAGACACGCCUUUAACGUGUGCCAGGUCAUGCACGCCAUGCUCACGGCUGGAGGCCUGGCGGAGAAGAUGUCAUCUAUGGAGAUGUUGGUUCUCCUGGUGGCUUGUCUCUGCCAUGACCUGGACCACAGGGGAACAAACAACGCGUUUCAGCAGAAGAGUCAGUCGCCGCUUGCCAAGCUGUACGGGACUUUCGCCACCAUGGAGCAUCACCAUUUCAACCACGCUGUCAUGAUUCUCAAUAAUCAGAGCCACAACAUCUUCUCCAACCUGACGAACGAAGAGUACAGUAAGGUGAUGAAGAUGCUCAAACACGCCAUCUUGUCGACGGACCUCACGCUGCAUUUCCAAAUACGGAAGGAGUUCUUUUCCCUUGCGAGCAGCGGAGAGUUUGACAGAAAUGACAAGAAGCAUCGCGAAAUGUUACGAGGUAUGCUGAUGACUGCGUGUGAUCUAGCUGCCGUCACCAAGCCCUGGGAAAUACAGAAAAAGGUUGCCGAACUGGUGACGAGUGAGUUUUUUGACCAGGGAGACAAGGAACGCGCUGAGCUCAACUUGGAGCCUGCGGCUUUGUUUGACAGGCGAAGAAAAGACGAUCUGCCGGAGAUGCAGCUGGGAUGGAUAGACAGCGUCUGCUAUCCACUCUAUGAGGCUCUGGUAAAAGUGGAACCAAGACUAGCACCUUUAAGGGACGGAGUCUCUGCGAAUCGGGAAAAGUGGCUGAAACUUAACGAGGAGAGAAAGAGCAGCAUGAGUGUACAAAGUGACGAGGACAGAGCCAUGGCUGGCAGCACUGACUCCGGCGGGGAGGACCCUAGCAGUGUCACGGCAGAAUACAGGGAAGAAGAAGCCCUACGCAGAAGUUUCGACAGUAUAGAGGAAGGCCCUUCCAGUCCGAAAGCGCCUCCCCCUACUCCAAGGGAAGUUAAAGCCGUUCACUUCCAAGAACCCUUGUUCGAGCGGAGGGGGUUGACCUCUAAACGGCACAGCAUCACGGGAAGACCGUUCGAUCGUAGGUUAAAGGUUCAAACGAGCAUUUCCGAGCGGCAGAUCAUCGUGUCCAGGAAAUGGAGAAGUUACGAGGAGAAAGGAGGCGAAGGCGCACAGUCUUGACGAAAAACUUUACAUCUGAAAUGUUGUUUGCACGACGCCAUCUUGGAUUCGAUUCGAAUGGCAUGAUGGGACAAUCCGACAACCUCGGCCCAUCGGCUCCUGUGGUUUGUUGUGGACCAAUAAAUGGCUCCUAUUGGUGGACUCGUUUCCAUGCCAGAGAGGCCCGGAUGUUUGGAGGAAAGAACGGACGCGAAUAUUACCGUAGAAGGUUGUGAAUUCAAACUUCAUGACUUGAAUUGUUUUGAAGAACUGUGAUAGAUUCGUUCCAAAACAGGACUGAGAGCUCGUCCAUAGGAGCCGUGCCUUGCCAUGGAUGAGAUGUACUUAUUAGGUAUUCAAUGAAUUUCAAAUGUUCUAAUUCUUUUCUAUUGUUGGUGAGGGCUAUAUCGUACAAAAGGGGAGUGUAGUUAUGUAUAAUUUAUAAAGCUGGCUACAAUUUUUGCUGGCUCAUACAUUAAAUACAAAUUUUAUUAGUCAUACGUAAUCAUUUUUAGGAAUUUUGAAACAUGCCAAUGCAGAUAUAAUGAAGGCAUUUAGAACCGUUAAGAAUAUCACAAUGGAAGAUACCAUUUUCUUUUUGUCUACUGAUCGAUUUUUCAGAUUACGACAAAACACGAAAACAAAAAUAUGGAUGUAUUACUGAUAAUACGCACUUGUUACGUUUGACUACCUGAAACAUCUUUGAGCACAACAUUCCAAUUUUAGAACAAAGUACUUACAAUAAGCGAUAUGUAAACUUGUUAAAACCUGUACCUAAAACAAAACGUAACACGUUUCACAAUUUCCUUUUCUUGUCUAAAAAAACAACAGACAUAUCUCCGUAUUUUUGGAGGUCUUGUAUAGUAUACAUAAUCGUGCCUAUCCAGUACAAACUAUAAAUUGUCUGCACCGAAUGCGACCAAUGCAAGAAGUUACUGGACGAUUGUUUGUACUGAAUUCUCUAUAUAUACAUUAUCUAGUGGACUCAAGUCGUUGUACUGGCAGAACAAUAUUUCAUGUUGUGACACUUGUAAUGUAUUAUUACUGCUGUGAAGUACUAUAUGUGUCAUAUUGCAAGUGCAAGCCCCUACAGAGUAUGGAUAUAGCGUGGGUAUUCUAUUUGAUAAAGCUUACGUUAAGUUUUAAUACUUUAGUUAGACAAACAUCGUCUUCGAAUACCCCAUGCAUAUCCUUUUUUAGGACAUCAUUGACGAUUGAAAUCUUUUAGAAUAUGAAGUAUUAACAGAAAUAUUGACGGUUGUGUUAGCUAAACUUUCUGCCACAACUCAUUUUAGAGUCCUCAUUGACGAUUGCAUUUGCCGAACACUGCCAAUAUAUUUAUGAACGUGAACAUUUCUAAAUAACCCCAGAUGAUGAUACAAAAAGAAGGUUACACACAUAGAAUGCAGAUUAAGUGAAAUUGUGUACGUGGCCCAAGAAAAUGUUGACUUGUCGACGACUUCAACAGUGUUUUCUACCAGCUGACAAACCUCUCUUUAGUAGAAGUGCCAUGAACUUCACAACAAAAUCGGUAGGGGGCGCACUCGCUCCACCGUUAGCACAAUUUGGGGCAGGUCAGCCAACCAUUCAAUUUACUCUUUGUGGUCAUGCAUCUGCGUUUCUAUAAGAAUUCUACAGAAUCAACUUAACAUAGAAAAAAAUAAACUGUGAUUAGCAAUUAUUGGCUGUGGUUUAUUGGCUUGUCUUAGACAGCAAAUGAAAGUACAG